GUUGUUUGUUUGGAUUGAAAAUGGUCAGUGGUUAUCAAUGUUUGAAGAAAGAAAAGAGGGCAAGAUGACGGGAGGAAGUGCUGAUCCCGCAAAUAGUAAUGCAGGGGAUCGUCGCAACGACAGCUUGGAACUCGCACGAGCCAUUCGGGAAGUCGACAAUCAGAAGGUGCAACUGCCGAAAGUUCAAGUUCCCCUCUUCGAUGGCACCAAUGUCUCAGCAUGGGCGGACAAGUUUGAGCAAUUGGGCAGUUGUUGUGAAUGGACGAAUGAGAAGAUGCUUCAAAUGGUGAAGCGAUAUUGUAUGGUCGAGUAUAAAAAAGAGGUGUCGGAGUUGGUGCAAGCUUCGCGCGACUGGCCGGACUUCAAGGCCAAACUAUUGGACGAGUACCAAUUGGGGGAUCAACUGCUCGACCUGGCGGGCUUACGAAAAGUUAGUCGUCGGAAGUUUGGUACGGCCAAGCAGUUUCUCACGGAGUUUGAACGGGUUGCGCGUUUAGUGCCUGACCUUCCAGAUAAGGAUCGGUGUCUUAUCUUCCUCGAUAACUUUUCGGAAGUUGAGCAGCGGGAAUUGAUGAAGGAUAUGACUGGUCGAUACGACUGGCCAAAGAUCAAGGAGAAUUUGUUGGCGGGAAGCUUCGACCAGAUGCUUUACCAUCUCCUGAAGCAGCAAAAAGAGGACCGCGAGAAAGAAGGGGUAAGCGCGGACAAGGACCAAGCCGUUUACAAGACCCUGACUAACAUGCGGAACAUGACGGCUGACAUGAAGGAGGAAAGGUUAAAGCUACAAGUGAUGAUGGUCCAGACGAAAGGGGGAAAACGGAAGGGAAAAGCACCCGUUGUGGAGGAUGUGAGUAGUAGUAGCAGUGAAGAGGAAGAUGAGGAGGAAGUGGAGCCCCCUCGAAAAUUGACCAAGGCAGAACGGAAGGCCCUAAAUCAGAUACGAGGAGGGCAAGGCACUAGUAAAAAGCAGCGGAAGAACAAUGGAGGAGGUGGACAAGGAAGCAAUCAGGAACAGGCGACGCAGGCCCCUCCUCAGCAACCCCAACCUCGGGCAGGAGUUCGAGGCCGAGGUAGAGGUAGAGGACAAGGCACUGGGGGAGGCCAAGGAAAUGGUGGCGGCCAGGGCAAUUGGCAGAAUUGGUUUUGCAAGUAUUGUGACCAAGAUGGGCAUGGGAUACGGUUUUGUCAGACUGUUACCAAAGAUGAAAACGACAAGGUUAUAUAUACGAAUAUCCGAGGCGAGGUCUACGACUUUGAAGGGAAUCUCAUCGAUCCCAAUGUGGAAGGGGGAAUGAGAAAGGAAGCCUUCCGACCUAUGGGGCGAGAUCUUCCAGCAACUUUUCGACUGGCUUCCCAGGAAGAAGUCGAACAGAUCGAGUUGGAAGCGGCGAUGGAGUCGUUGGCGAUUGAAGAUGCCAAGGCCGGAGAUGAAGGUUUGAGCAAAGAGCAGGAAGAGAUACUGCAGCGAGCUCAGACGGUGGUCAGAAAAAUGACUCGAUGCAGGGAAAUUUUCGUUCAAAUAUGUGCCGACAUGAACGAAGAGUGGUCCGGGUUUCCCCAAGUUUUUUUGUUUGGAGGAUGGGACAGAGACGGCCAAGGAGGUAUUAAUGAUGUUACCACAUCACAGCCUGGAUCGCCGUCGGCAGGGCGUUUGAUGGCCACCACGGUCUUGUCCCGUCCUGCUUUCAAGCGACCUGCCACCGCUGGUCUCCCACAAGCUCAGAGGGCUCGAAGGUCGCCGCGGCCAAGGGCAGCGCCAGAAGAAUGGCCAAGUCAGCCUCGGGAAACCGAGACUAUUCCGAUUGAAGAAGAUGAUGGCGAGGAGGACGAGUUGUUGCGAGCCGAGGAUGAGCGGCAGGCCAAACAACGGGCCAUGGAGAGGGAGCCAGAAACGGGCAGGGCCGAUGUUGGGGAAGGAGAGUUGAAAAAGGAAAAGCAAGUCUACACUAUUCCAGUAGAGCAAGGGCUGGAUAUUGAGUAAAACAUGGAUCGGAUUUUGGAAAGCCAACGCGAUUUGUUCACGCUCAAGGAGUUCUUGGCCGCGUCACCCAAAAUC